AUGCCUCGAUACUAUUGCGACUAUUGUGACACGUACCUCACGCAUGAUUCGCAAGCAGGUCGUAAACAGCAUAAUCGCGGCUGGAAACAUCGUGAAAAUGUCAAGCUUUAUUAUGAGCAAUUCUUGGCUGGACAGGGCGUCGUUAUGACGCCUGGUGAGUGGUUACGCGGACCGACACUGUCUGGUUCAUUGCCUCCUCGACCCAGUGGACUUCCUAAUGGCGGGAUGCCCGGUGGAUAUCCACCGCGUGGUGUCCCUCCCCGAGGCAUGAUGGCUCCUUUAGGAAUGCGACCGCCCAUGUUUCGAGGACCUCCGCGUGGACCGCCACUGAUGGGAGGUAUAGGCAUGAGAGGGCCACCUGGACCAAGUAGCAUGGGUGGACCUCCACCACGAUCAAUCUAUGGACCAUAA